CCGGGUCAUCCUCCUCCUCGUCGCCCUGACACUGCUCCUGCUGGCUGGAUUCCUGCACACAGACUUGGAGCUGCUCAUACCUUGCUGUGUCUAAACCGCAGAAGGGAGGGGCUGUGAUGAGUGAGGUGUCUGACCUCCCAUCCCAUCACUGCUGGGGGCUCAGUUUUAAGCCUGUUUGGGGGUCAGGCCAAGGGGCCGCCCGUCACCAACAUCAUGUUCCUGAAGACGCACAAAACGGCCAGCAGCACGGUGCUCAACAUCCUCUACCGCUUCGCGGAGACCCACAACCUCUCCGUGGCUCUGCCCGCCGGCCGGCACGUCCACCUCGGCUACCCCUGGUUCUUCCUGGCGCGCUACGUGGAAGGCGUAGCGUCGCAGCAGCGAUUCAACAUCAUGUGCAACCACCUGAGGUUCAACCUGCCUGAGGUGCAGAAAGUCAUGCCCAACGACACCUUCUACUUCUCCAUCCUGAGAAACCCCGUGUUCCAGCUGGAGUCCUCCUUCAUCUACUACAAAGCCUACGCGCCCGCCUUCCAGCGCGCCCCGAGCCUGGACGCCUUCCUGGCCUCGCCGCAGACGUUCUACAACGACAGCCACCUCCUCAGGGACGUCUACGCCAAGAACAACAUGUGGUUCGACUUCGGCUUCAACCCCAACGCGCCGGCCGAGGAGGGCUACAUGCGCGCGCGCAUCGCGGAGGUGGAGCAGCGCUUCCAGCUGGUGCUCAUUGCCGAGCACUUGGACGAGUCCCUGGUGCUGCUGCGGCGCCGGCUGCGCUGGGCGCUGGACGACGUGGUGGCCUUCAGGCUCAACUCCCGCAGCGCGCGCUCCGUGACCCGCCUGGCGCCCGAGACCCGGGAGCGCGCGCAGCGCUGGUGCGCGCUGGACUGGCGCCUGUACCAGCAUUUCAACCGCAGCCUCUGGGGGCAGCUGCGCGCCGAGCUGGGCCCACGGCGGCUGCGCGGGGAAGUGGCGCGGCUCCGGGCGCGGAGGCGCGAACUCGCCGUCCUGUGCCUGCAGGACGGCGGCGCGCCCCAGAACCGGACGCAGAUCCACGACCCGGGCCUGCGCCCGUACCAGCCCGGCGCGGUCGACAUCCUGGGCUACAACCUCAGGCCAGGCCUGGACAACCGGACGCAGCGCGUGUGUCAGCGGCUGGUGACGCCCGAGCUCCAGUACAUGGCCCACCUGUACUCCCUGCAGUUCCCGGAGAAGCCCCCCAAGAAAAUCCCGUAGAGAGGGGAGCGUACAGGGGCGGGGGCGGGGGCCUCCCGCUGACGCCAGCCCCUGUCUCCGCAGCUGGGAAGACCAGGCUGGCCGGCCCCUGCUCUAAAAUGAAGAGGACGGAGACCCCAGUGAAGAGCCGCCCCCCCACCUCCGCGAUCCGCCCAGACCCCUCCCAGAGAGGGUCCUGAGCCCGGGUGGAAGCCCCACCUGGCCCGAGGCUGUGCCUCAGUUUACCGAAUAGAACUGAACACGAAGGUGGGGGAGUGAGGGAUGCUUGACCACAGGCCAGCACGCUGCUGGGCAGAACUCCAUGCCCGUGACCCCGGUUCUCCUGAGGUUCCUGGCAUUGGGGCUGUGGGUUCUCGGAGGAACUCAGAGUGUCUCCUCUGGAUUUCUCAGCCCUGUCAACAAGGUGCUGGUCCCAGAGACAUGCGCAGGCACAGGCAGUGCCGCAAAGACCCAGGCGCAGCCCUGCAGCCAGUGAUGGAAGCCCUGUGGAAACAGCUCCCAUCUUUGGCUAUAGGAGGUUUACUUCUGAUGGAAGGACGUUUUCCACAGAGAAAUGGGACAGCUACUCAAAAGACGGGUUGAGGUCGAGCUCAACUCCACGGCCUCUGCUGUCAGUCACAAAUGCCGGUGGAGAAGAGGACAUCCGACUCGCCAAACGAGGCGGGAGUGGUUGGGGCUCCACACACCCACUGUUGCCUUGGAGGUGGUGUCGGGUGUGAUGCCAGAGGGUAGCUGUGGGCACUGUCUUUGUCAUUGAUCUGGAGAGGCAGAGCCUCCUUGCUGGCAGGACGUGAUCCUGGCUGCCAGGGGUGGGGGGAGUUUAACCGGUAAAGGGGUGCACACAUGGGGACAAGCUAGUGCCUGGAGCACCCAGGAAACGCACCUACCUGGCAGCACGUUCGAAAGGCCACCCUCCGUCCCUCAGCCUAGGGACCUCUGCAGGCCACCCACCCCCACUCAGCCCAGGGACCCCUGCAGGCCAUCCUCCACCCCUCAGCCCAGGGACCCCUGCAGGCCACCC